GAGUUGACUUUCAACAACAACCAGCUGACGGAAGACAAGCGUGCCACUGCGCAGUUUAAUGGCUUGAUUGACACGGUUUACAUAUUUUUUUACUUCAGAAUUAAAAAAUAUGAAUUUCUUCAGAUCUCGCCUUUCCAUUGGCAACUUUAUAGGUCAGAGGUGCAGACAAGUCCCUGAAACAUGGAGCCACAGAGGGAUGUGCAAUAAACCACAGGAGGUCAAAGCAGAGCCUCUGCCUGCAGUCCCAGAACCAGCGCCUCGUGCAGGGUUCAGACUCCCAGGCUACAGACCCUCAAAUAUGGACAAGAAGAUUCUGCUCUGGUCAGGACGCUUCAAGACAGCAGACCAGAUACCAGAGCUUGUGUCGUUUGAGAUGAUUGAUGCUGCCAGGAACAAAGUCAGAGUGAAGGCCUGCUAUGUGAUGAUGGCGACCACAAUAGGGGCCUGCCUGGUGAUGGUGUUAAUGGGCAAACGGGCUGCAGGCAGGCACGAGUCCCUGACAGGACAAAACAUGGAGAGAAAAGCUAAAUGGAAGGAGGAACUACAAAAGGCUCAGUGAUGGAAGACAAUGAGUCCCUGAAUACCCCACCCCAUAUACUGGGCCAUUAGUGUGCUCCUGUGUCCGCUGUAUGUAUCACAACUUCAGAGCGCUCUACGAGCAUCCUAGAAAUAGACAAAAAUAUAUCAGAGCAGUUGAUACUUGAUAGUUUUGGAUAUUGCCUUUAACACAAACGUAAAGUAAUUCAUUUAUGAAUACCAAAAUAAGAUUUUGCCUUUUCAGUGAAUACAUUGAGGUUUUAAACUGGCACCUGUUUUUGAGGAAACAGUACUAUCAGCAUUUGGUUGUAUCCAAGGAGAGAUGAAACAUGAGCAUGACUUAAUCCGGUAUCGUGAUAGAGGUUUUAUGAGUUUAUAAGGAAUUUCUGUCAUUUGCUAGACACAAAAAUAAUGAUUUUCAGACAAGAAAUCAAUCGAACAGAUGCACCAAUAAAGUUUUCUAUCCAUCAAUGCUUUUAGUAAACUUCCAACUAGUACUUCUAAAGCUAUCCAACAUUAACAUCUUAGGUAUUCCUUGUGAAGACCGUUCAGCCCUGAAGAGUUUCAAAUGGUCUUCAGUUUUCUAAGAGAAUGUCAUGAAGUGGAUCAUGCAUGAUCCAUCGGCAUAAUGUUCUUUCAUGUCCUGAUAUGUAUGUAAUUAGGCUGGUUUGUUUAUGUCUGAUGUGACAUCUAUGUUUUGUAUAUAGUCAACACCAAAAUAAAAAAAUAAAAGUAUAACUUCUUGAAAA